AUGUUCGAGGAAUUCCAAUUUCGGAAGCCCAACAUGGAGGAAUGUCGCAUCAUCUUGGAGAGCUUCAACGAAUACUUUAAGGAUCAGAUGAGGACGAACGCGCCGCCGCAACAACCAGAUCUCGACGCAGAGACUGACAAGUUGGGGGGAUCAUCUGACGAGUCUUCGAACACGACUGAUGGCAUUCCUGAAAAUUUCAUGGGUGAAGAACCCAGGCCUGCCUACAGUGGAAGUGAAGACUCCGAUUGCAAAACCGACUUCACGGAUGUGGACCAGGUGGAGUCUGACGCUGAUGUGGAGAAACGGGUGGAGUCUGAGCAUUCCGACAAGGCUAGCGAUGUGGGGAGCGACAUUUGGAAGUCCAUGGGUGUGGAGGAGCCCUCUCCCUGUAAACAUGAUACAGACUCAGAACGUGAAGCUACCGCGGCCCUUGCGUUGACUGCUGAAGCUUUGGCCAUCUACAACUCGGAGGAGCCCUAA